GAACUCUGUAGCCUCUCGUCCGCCAUCCGCCUCGUCCCGCUUGAGCGCCGCCGCACCAAUGGCCUCCCCCAACGCCGACCCGCCUCAACACCACGCCUCGACGCCGCCACUCCUCCUCGCCGUACGCCACAUCCCUUUCCCCGGCGUCCACCGGCCGCGCGCGCUCCCCGCCACCGACGUCCUCGCCCCUCUCGCCCGCCGCCUCGAGGAGUUCGUGUCCGCGGCCGCCGCGCACCCGCUCCUGAAGCCGCUCUUCGCUGUCCACUCCCACCUCUCUUCCUUCUCCCAGAGCAGGAGGCGGCUGGUGGCGGCGCGGCGGGACACGCUGCUGUCCGGGGAGCACUGCUUUGCGGCGGUGCUGGGGGACUCAGUGGCCGGCAUGGUGGUGUCCAAUGGCAUAAACAACUUCCUCAGCCUCUACAACACGGUGCUCGUCGUCAGGCUCGUGCUCACCUGGUUCCCCAACACGCCACCCGCCAUCGUCGCGCCUCUCAGCACGAUCUGUGACCCGUACCUGAACAUCUUCCGGGGCAUCAUCCCGCCGCUCGGGGGAACGCUGGACCUGUCGCCCAUCCUCGCCUUCCUGGUCCUCAACGCCUUCACCAGCACCGCCGCCGCGCUUCCGGCGGAGCUCCCCGACCCCGCACCAGCUCCACAGCACCACCGCCAGAGCCGCGCCUCGACAUCCACCUGCUCGGCGCCCCUUGACCUGACGGCCAACCAGAGGAAAUGGAUGCAGAGAAUGCAGUCCCGAAAGUCACAGGGAGGAGAUGGUGAUCACUAGGCUUUGUGUUCGUCAGUGCCUUUGUUACCGGCUGGAGAACAUGGCUCGGAUCGGACGCUCGCAGAACCUGCACCCCCAAGCAUCAAACGCAGUUCUGCAUGCCUGCUCUGUAACCAUCGAAUGCAAACCUCUAGCAAUGCGGCAUGCAGAACUAUUUUGGUCGAUCACGAGUACGCUCUUCAAAUGUUCUUUUGUUGUAAUGCGUCCUUUUUGAGGUCUGUGCUUUCUGCAUGUACGUAGAGGAACCUGCUUGACUGUUAGUAUUACAGUUUCGUCUUUCAGGCGCCCAAUUUUCUUAAA